AAUUUCACUUCUUUGACCUGGUUGGAUCUCAGACAUAAUUUUCUCCAAUUCAUCCGUCACUAACAAGACUUUAGUAAGGCUUCAAGACUUUGCUGAUCAAUGAUAUAUAGACUCAUCUUCUUUCUCUCUUUUCUAACAAAUCAGUAUACUUCUUGAAAAUAUUCAUGAUAACAAUGUCAUAUAUGUGUUUACACUUUCUCUUGGCACUCUUACUUUCGAGCGUCUUAAUGAUAAAUGGUGGACUUGCUGGUUGUCGUCACCACCAGAUUAAGUCACUUCUUCACUUCAAGAACGAGUUUGAUUCUCGAAGUUGCAACCACAGUGACUACUUUAACGGAGUCCAGUGCGAUAACACUACUGGUGCAGUCACGAAGUUACAGCUCCCGACGGGUUGCUUCACUGGGAUUCUAAAACCCAACAGUAGCCUCUUUGAGUUGCAUCAUCUUCGUUACCUUAACCUCUCCCACAACAACUUCACUUCUUCUUCACUUCCUUCUCAGUUCAGUAACCUCAACAAAUUAGAGGUUUUGUCUCUUUCCUCUAAUGGCUUCACUGGUAAAGUUCCUUCCUCUAUUAGUAACCUAAGCCUGCUUUCCUCUUUAGAUAUUUCCCAAAACGAGCUCACCGGUAGUUUUCCACUUGUACAUAAUCUCACCAACCUUUCUAUUUUAAACGUUUCCUAUAAUCACAUCUCUGGAAACAUCCCUUUUUCUCUACUCAUCAUGAAGCCUCUCUUGUCAAUAGUUGAUUUGACUGGGAACCAUCUCACCGGUUCUAUUGACAUUCCAAACUCUUCCUUUUCAUCUAAGCUAGAGAGCCUACGCCUUGGAGGUAACGAAUUUGACGCACAAAUCCUAGAGCCUAUCUCAAAGUAUACCACCCUCAAAGAUCUCGAUCUUUUUUCCCUAAACACAAGCUACCCAAUUGAUCUAAGGCUCUUCUCCUCUCUCAAGUUAUUGACAAAUCUUCGUUUAUCCGGAAACCAGUUAUCACCUGCCGGUUUAACCUCACGUUCAAACAUCUCACUGAACUUGGAGAACCUGGCCUUGUCGGGCUGUGGCAUCACUCAGUUCCCGAACUUCUUGACGAGCCUUCAAUCCUUGGAGCUUUUAGACAUUUCCAACAAUCAGAUCAAAGGGAAAGUCCCCGAGUGGUUAUGGAACCUUCCUCGUCUGCGAACAGUCAGUCUUGCUAAUAACUAUUUGACAAGUUUCAAAGGUAGAGGAGACGUUUUAGAGAACUCAUCGGUGAGGAUAUUAGAUUUGGCGUUAAACCAUUUUACGGGACCACUACCUAUGCCACCACUCUCUAUCAAUCUUUUAUCUGCAUGGAACAAUACUUUCACAGGAAGCAUACCUCUUGAAAUAUGCAACCGAACCUCUCUUACUGUUCUUGAUCUAUCCUACAACAACUUAACCGGUACAAUUCCUCCAUGUUUGAGUAACUUCAUUGUAGUGAAUCUCCGAAAGAACAACUUGGAAGGAAGUCUUCCAGAUAUGUUCCACGAUGGUGCCUCGCUGCGAACACUCGAUGUUGGCUAUAAUCGACUAACCGGGAAGCUUCCAAGGUCUCUCAUGAAUUGCUCCUCGCUCAAGUUUGUAAGUUUGGAUCACAACAAGAUCAAAGACACAUUUCCUUUCUGGCUCAAGGCUUUGCCUGAUUUGCAAGCCCUUACCCUCCGUUCAAACAAGUUCUACGGUCCCAUAUCGACUCAUGACAAAGGUCCUCUCGCGUUUCCCAAGCUGCGAAUACUUGAAAUCUCGGAUAACAACUUUACCGGAAGUUUGCCGCCGAGUUUCUUUGUGAAUUGGAAGGCAUCAUCAUCACUCCAAACGGAUGAAGGUGGGAGAAUCUAUAUGGGAGACUACAACAAUCCUUACUACAGCUACGAAGAUACAUUAGAUUUGCAAUACAAAGGUCUAUUCAUGGAGCAAGGGAAGGUCCUUACUUCCUAUGCGACCAUCGAUUUUUCCCGGAACGAACUCCAAGGACGAAUUCCUGAAUCUAUUGGACUCUUGAAGGCAUUGAUUGCACUCAACCUCUCGAACAACCUAUUCACAGGUCCUAUUCCACUGUCUUUGGCAAAUGUUACAGAGCUUGAGUCACUUGAUCUUUCAAACAACCAGCUCUCAGGGACUAUUCCUCAAGGACUCGGGAGCCUCUCGUUUUUGGCGUACAUAAGCGUGGCUCAUAACCAACUCAAGGGUGAAAUACCACAAGGAACGCAAAUUAUUGGGCAACCUAAAUCUUCAUUUGAAUACAAUGCAGGGCUUUGUGGUCUUCCUCUCGAAGAAACCUGCUUCGGCACUAGUGCACCUCCAAUACAAAAUCAUGAGAAAGAAGAUGAAGAAGAAGAAGAACAAGUUUUGAACUGGAAAGGAGUGACAGCAGGAUAUGGGCUUGGAGUGUUGUUUGGAUUGGCAAUAGCACAUGUCACUGUCAAAACAUAUAAACGUUAGAAUCAUUUCGAUUUUUGCGUUUGAUCUCUCAAUGCCUAUCACAUUGUUGAUCGUAUGGUAAUGAAGAGGUCCGUUAUGGUUUAUUU